UCAUAAUUCGUCGAAUUCUUGCUAAUUAACCAUAUGGACACAGACAAUGUUUAGAACUUGAAUUCAGAAUAGAUUCAAAUAUUGAAAUCAUUGUAGAAUCAGCAGUGGCCGAAGAAGUAUAAACAAUUCACCGAAUGCAAAAUUAACUAUUUGUUUGUAUAUACAAAAGAUAGAAUAAUGCAAACUCUUUUAAAACAAGUUGGAGACGUGUUGAAAUUGCUUGGUGUUUUGUUGUCAUUAUUCUUAAGUCUUGCAGUUGGACAAGACCAAAACGAGAAACGUUGUUUGGCAUAUAAAAAGCUGUUGUAUGAAGAGGAGAAAACGCUAAGUUACUUUCAUCCCGAUGCCCGAGGCGUGCCAUUCAUAGAGGAUCAUUGUAAAACAGCUACGGGAUUUAUUGUGGGCGGUGAAAACGCGCAACCUAAGGAAUUCCCCUUUGCAGCUCGUUUGGGAAGUGCCGAGUCAUUAACGAAUAUCAAUUGGCUUUGUGGUGGAACAAUCAUUAGCCAUAAUUAUGUUUUGACUGCGGCUCAUUGUUUUCACUCGCCACUCGGCAAAGUGAACCUCGUGCGCUUGGGUGAAUUAGAUUUCAAUUCAGACACCGAUGAUGCCCAACCCGAAGAUUAUUAUAUUUUGCGCAUUAUUGAACAUCCGGAAUAUCGAUUGAACCAACCAUACAACGAUAUUGCCUUAAUUCUGCUGACAUCUAACAUAAAAUUUAGCAGAUAUAAACAUCCGGCAUGCCUGCCACCAUUGAAUUUAAUCGAAGAACGUCAAACAUCAUUUAUAGCCAUUGGCUGGGGACAUGUCCAAUUCGCCGGGGAGCCAUCAUCGCAUUUGAAAAAGGUGGAAUUGCAACCAUAUUCACAUGAGAAAUGUGCCAGUUUACUUCAACAAUCUGAAGGUUUGGAAUCUCUGCCUUUAGGGAUACGCAAUUCUCUACUUUGUGCUGGAUCAAAAGAAAUGAAAGACACUUGCCAAGGUGAUUCUGGAGGCCCGCUUCUAAUUCAACAUCCACAAUAUCCAUGCAUGCAUAUUAUAGUGGGUAUCACCUCUACGGGUGUAAGUGGCUGUGCAACACCAAAUGUACCCUCAUUUUAUACACGUGUCAAAGAUUAUUUAAACUGGAUUAAUUUACACAUAAAUUGAAGCCACAUUGUACAAAUGUCCAUUAUUGUAAGUUUUCAUUAAUGUUGCUUUUAAUUGAAGUGCGAGAGUCAAGGAUAAAGUUGCCUUCAAUUAUGGUACAAUAAAAAGAUAUUUCUACUCUGGAGAA